AUGCAUGAUUUAAUAAGAAACAUGGGAAGAGAAAUUGCUCGUGAAAGUUCAACAAAGCCUGGGAAGCGUAGUCGAUUGUGGUUUCAUGAGGAUGCACUUCAUAUUUUGACCACAAAUUCUGGAACAAAAGCUGUAGAGGGAUUGGUUUUGAAGUCGGAAAAUACUGGGAGAGUUCACUUCAAUACUUAUUCUUUCAAGAAGAUGGACGGGCUCAGACUUCUACAACUCGACGGUGUUGACCUCAAUGGAGAUUAUGGGAACCUUUCUAAAAAACUGAGAUGGCUUCAUUGGCGAGGAUUUACCUUGAACUAUAUACCUGAUGAAUUUUAUCAAGGAAAUCUAGUUGUUAUCAACUUAAAACACAGCAAUAUUAAAAAAGUUUGGAAUAAAACUCAGCUGAUGGAGAAGCUGAAAAUUCUCAAUCUGAGUCAUUCCAAGUACUUGACAAGCACUCCCGACUUUUCAAAAAUACCAAAUCUUGAAAAGCUCAUUAUGAAGGAUUGUCCAAGUUUGUUCGAAAUACAUCCAUCCAUUGGAGUGCUCAAUAAUCUUCUUCGGAUAAAUUUGAAGGACUGUACAGGUCUUAGCCAUCUUCCAAAGAAGAUCUAUCAACUGAAAUCUUUGGAAAUUCUCAUCCUUUCUGGUUGUUCGAAGCUGGACAAGUUGGAAGAAGACAUAGUGCAAAUGGAAUCUUUGGCCAUGCUGAUUGCAGACAAUACAGCUAUUAAAAAGGUGCCCUUUUCAAUAGUAAUAUCAAAAAGAAUCCGUUAUAUAUCCCUAUGUGGAUAUGAAGGAUUCUCACGCGAUACUUUUCCCUCUAUCAUUUGGUCUUGGAUGUCACCGACCAUGAGCUCUCUUCCAUUUAGCAGCCUUUUACAUUUGAGAAUAAUUGGGGUACAAUUCCGCUCAAAGAUUCAACUUACUCAAGAGUUACGAAGAAUUCUUGAUGAUCAAUAUGAUGUUAGAUUUACCGAAGUGGAAACAUCACAUGCACCACAAAUCUCAAAUCAUUCCUUGAGAUCACUUUUGAUUGGAAUGGGAAGUUUCUACAUGGUUAUCAAUACUCUUAGCAAGAGCAUAUCACAGGUUCCUUCCUUAUCCUCUUGGCUUUUCUAA